AGAAAAUUCUAAGGCACCAGGAUAAAUAUCUCUGGGCGCCAUCGAGGUUCCCGGGUGGGGGCGAGAGGAGGGGCGGGGCGGGGCUUUCCGCCUACAGGAGACCAAAUACGGGCACACACACAAUACACACCACACACGCGCGCACACGCACACGGGCACACAUGCGCGCACGGGAUCCUGCUCCACUCGGCGGCUCCUUCGCCCCGCCGAGCUCCGCGAUCAGCACCCGGGACAGCGCCACCGCCCACGUGCGGGGGGCGGGGUCCGGGCGGGGCUGGCGCCUCGGCGUCUCCCGGGAGUGUCCCGUCCAGCCGCCGAGCAGGGUGCUUGAGUGCCUCUGCAGAAAAGACUCUAGGACUCGGCCACCAUGUUCCCGGAGCCCCCAACCCCAGGGCCUCCAUCGCCCGACACGCCUCCAGACUCCAGUCGCAUCAGUCAUGGCCCAGUGCCUCCCUGGGCCCUGGCCACCAUCGUGCUGGUCUCAGGCCUCCUCUUCUUCAGCUGCUGUUUCUGUCUCUACCGGAAGCGCUGUCGGAGGCGGACGGGCAAGAAGAGCCAGGCCCAAGCCCAGGUCCACCUUCAGGAAGUGAAGGGGCUGGGCCAGAGUUACAUAGACAAGGUGCAGCCAGAAGUGGAGGAGCUGGAGCCAGCACCAUCUGUGCCAGGGCAGCAGGUGGCAGACAAGCAUGAGCUAGGACGACUGCAGUACUCCUUGGAUUAUGACUUCCAGAGUGGCCAGCUGCUGGUGGGCAUUCUGCAAGCAGAGGGAUUGGCAGCCUUGGAUCUGGGUGGCUCCUCGGACCCCUACGUGCUGGUCUACCUGCUGCCGGACAAGCGGAGGCGGUACGAGACCAAGGUGCAUCGGCAGACACUGAACCCUCACUUUGGGGAGACCUUCGCCUUUAAGGUCCCCUAUGUGGAGCUGGGGGGCAGGGUGCUGGUCAUGGCGGUGUACGACUUCGACCGCUUCUCUCGCAACGACGCCAUCGGGGAGGUGCGGGUCCCCAUGAGCUCCGUGGACCUGGGGCGGCCGGUGCAGGCCUGGCGGGAGCUGCAGGCGGCUCCGCGGGAGGAGCAGGAGAAGCUUGGGGACAUCUGCUUUUCCCUCCGCUAUGUCCCUACGGCCGGGAAGCUCACCGUUAUCGUCCUGGAGGCUAAAAACCUCAAGAAGAUGGACGUAGGAGGACUGUCAGAUCCAUACGUCAAGGUCCACCUGCUGCAGGGCGGCAAAAAGGUGCGGAAGAAGAAAACCACCAUCAAGAAGAACACUCUGAACCCCUAUUACAACGAGGCUUUCAGCUUUGAGGUGCCCUGUGACCAAGUGCAGGUGAGCUCAGACCUGCCCUUCUCCAAGAACCCAGACCCUUAGUAAUCGCCGUUGCUA